CGCAUGAUGACUGCAUCAUCGCUGUUGUCUGCCCUCGUGGUGGCGACCUGUGCUGCUCUUCUGCCAUUCUCUGCUGCUCAAGCCAGUUGCAGUGCUAGAUGUGGUGAGCCGUUUGCUCGUGGCCAGCCCUGCCUGUGUGACGCCAGCUGCCUCGCUCAUGACGAGUGCUGCAAGGACUUCGAGGCUCUCUGCACUUCCGGCGAUUCGUGCAGUGGUAGGUGUGGUGAAUCGUUCAGACGAGGCAGGCUUUGUGAGUGUGACCCGGGCUGUGUCCACUACGACACCUGCUGCCGCGACUACCAGAACCACUGCGAUGCCACUACAAUUCCAACACCAACCCAGAGGAUCAAGCAGGAUGCCAAGAAAAAGCCAACAGCGCCGGCCAAGAACAAAUCCUCCAGCAAGACAGAACUGACGAGUCCCAAAUUUCCCAAGAAACCUUCAAACAGCAAGAGUGAGGAAGGCAGCCAAGACCAGAGCAAGCCCACAUACCCCUCUCCGUCCGACCUCUUCCCUGAGACUCAGGACUAUGACACCAACAGCCCUUACCCUGGAUCCAGCAGCUCUAAGAGCCAGAGUGACAUAUCUCCUUUCUCUGAGGACCCAGCUUCCCCUUUGAAACCUGGCUUUUACCUUCUGACUGACAGCUUCAAUGGCCCCUCCUCCACAGCCCCAGACACUGUCAUGGAUGCCUUGAGUGAUGCAGCCACCAGUCUCUUGGAGGACAUCUCCCCCAUUCUCCCUACACCCAUGGCUGCCACUCCCUUUGCCCUGCCUUCCCUCAUCGGUCAGCUCCCUGGAGCUGCUAACUUCCCAUCCUCUGGCUCGCCCUGGCCCAGCCAGGGUGGCCCCAUGGCGAGUAAUGCUGGCCCCGGGGACCCGUCGUCUGGAGCUCCCCUGCUCCCCACUUUGGCAGAUAUCGCCAAGGCCUUGGGGCUCAACAACCCCAUCACUUUGGCAGACAUAGCCAAGGCCUUGGGGGUCAACACUCCCAACGACCCCAUCACUUUGGCAAACAUAGCUAAGGCCUUGGGGUUCAACAACUCCAACGACCCAAACCCCCCCCAAAACCACAACAACCCCAGCUCUCUGGCAGACAUAGCCAAGGUCAUGGGGCUCAACUCCCCCAAUGACCCCAUCACUUUGGCAAACAUAGCCAAGGCAUUGGGGUUCAAGAACCCCAACUAUCCUAACCCCCCCCCAAACCCCAACUCUCUGGCAGACAUAGCCAAGGCCUUAGGGCUAAAUAGUCCCGAUGACCCCAUCACCUUGGUAAACAUAGCCAAAGCCUUGGGGUUCAAGAACCCCAACUAUCCUAAACUCCCCCAAAACCCCAACAACCCCAGCUCUCUGGCAGACAUAGCCAAGGCCUUAGGGCUCAACAGCCCCAACUACCCAAUCACUUUGGCAAACAUAGCCAAGGCCUUGGGGCUGAACGACCCCAACAUUCCUAAAACCCCCCAAUACUCCAACGAACCCAUCACUUUGGCAGACAUUGCCAAGGCCUUAGGGCUCAAAACCCCCAACAGCCCCAUCACUCUGGAAGACAUAGCAAAGGCCUUAGGGCUAAAAAAAAACAAAGACCCCAUCACUUUGGCAAACAUAGCCAAGGUCUUGGGGCUCAAUGACCCCAGCACUCUGGCAGACAUAGCUAAGGCCUUAGGCUUCAAAUACCCCAAUGACCCUAAACCCCCCCAAAGCCCCAACUCUCUGGCAGACAUAGCCAAGGCCUUAGGGCUCAACAGCCCCAAUGACCCAAUCACUUUGGCAAACAUAGCCAAGACCUUGGGCCUGAACAACCCCAACAAACCCAUCAACCUGGCAGACAUAGCCAAGGCCAUGGGGUUGAAUGAUCCCAGCACUUUGGCAGACUUAGCCGAGGCCUUGGGGGUCAAGAACCCCAACAAACCCAUAACUCUGGCAGACAUAGCCAAGGCUUUGGGAUUAAACAACCCUAAACCCCCUCAAAACCCCAACACUCUGGCAGACAUAGCCAAGGCCUUGGGGCUCAACGACCCCAACAAACCCAUCACUCUGGCAGACAUAGCCAAGGCUUUGGGGCUCAAUGACCCCAGCACUCUGGCAGGCAUAGUCAAGGCUUUGGGGGUCAAAAACCCCAAUGACCCUAAGAAACCCCAAAACCUCAACAGCCCCAACAUUCUGGCAGAUAUAGCUAAGGCCUUGGGGCUCAAUGACCCCAACAAACCCAUCACUCUGGCAGACAUAGCCAAGGCCUUGGAGGUCAACAACCCAAACAAACACAACAAAGGUCUACCAGAUGCCAACAGUAACCCAGACCUCUGCAGUGACCUGCCCAUCAACGGACUGACCACUCUGGCCAACGGAACCAUUCUCAUUUUCAAGGGUCAUUUCUUCUGGACGAUGGACCCCAGCACCAAGGCCCUUGGCCCAGCCCGCAAUAUCACAGAGGAGUUGGGCAUUCCGUCCCCUAUCGACAGUGCCUUCACCCGCACCAACUGCCAGGGCAAGAGCUACAUCAUCAAGGGUGAUGGCUACUGGAGGAUGGACAACGGCAAGAUGGAGCCUGGUUACCCCAAAUCUGUUGCCUCUGGUUUUGAUGGUCUGACUGGCACCAUCACUGCAGCCCUGUCUGUGCCUGCUACCAGGAGAAGGCCUGAGUCUGUCUACUUCUUCAAGAAAGGAGGCACCAUGCAGAAAUACUCCUACCCUGCUGGAAGUAGCCCUGUCUGUGGCAAGAAAUCCAAGUCCAGUGCAAAGAAACGCCACGCUCGGCCAGCAGAGGUGCGUCUGGGAGGAGAGAUCAACAUCAAGCUGUCUCUGAAAGGCUUCCCCUCCUCAGUGACCUCAGCUGUGUCUGUCCCCAGCCCCAAGAAGGCUGACGGAUACGAAUAUUUCCUCUUCGCUGGACCGCUCUACUUCAACAUCAAGAUAUCUGGUGACCUGCCUGCUCUGGCCAAACCAGACAACCCUGAUCCCAGCCAGAACUCCAUCAAGAACUGGCUCAAGUGUGCCUAG